AUGUCUGGACGCGGCAAAGGCGGGAAGGGCCUGGGCAAGGGCGGCGCCAAGCGCCACCGCAAGGUGCUGCGCGACAACAUCCAGGGCAUCACCAAGCCCGCCAUCCGCCGCCUGGCCCGGCGCGGCGGCGUCAAGCGCAUCUCGGGGCUCAUCUACGAGGAGACCCGCGGCGUGCUUAAGGUCUUCCUGGAGAACGUGAUCCGCGACGCCGUCACCUACACGGAGCACGCCAAGCGCAAGACGGUCACGGCCAUGGACGUGGUCUACGCGCUCAAGCGCCAGGGCCGCACGCUCUACGGCUUCGGCGGCUAGGCCGGCCUCGCAGCUGCCGCCCAGUACCCCCAAAGGCCCUUUUUAGGGCCCCCAGCACGUCAAGAAAAGAGCUGCGAACGCGCUGUUAGCGCAGGAUGGGGUGGCUGCUGCCGCGGGAGGAGCCAUAGUUCUAGCAUAGGGCCCGGAGGGUGGGGCAUCAGGUGGGCGGCAGUGGGUGCACGGGUCGU